UAUCAACCAAUGAUGACAAUAAUUCUAAUUCUACAAACAAUGAAUUAGAAAUACAAGCAUCUUCUGAAAAACCUGUUUGUUCAGUAUCUACUGAUGAUAAUAAUAAUUUUAAUUCAUUAACUGAAAUUCUUUUAAAAGAUAGUGAUGAUUCUAAUUCUUCAAUCAAAGUUCUUUCAAAAAAAUAA